GUUUGUCAUGCCUCUAGCUAGGCUUAAAUUCAAGGGAAAAACAUGCGUGGGUCUUGCAGAGCUCAGCUGAUGCUCCAUGCCAAUUGUUGGGUAACAGUCUGUCAUUAAAAUAACCAUUAUCUUAGCCAUACAAAGAUACAGUUUGGAGAGCAAUAGCAUUGUAAUAGUAAUAGUUCAAGCAGGAUAAUUAUUUUGCAUCUCUUUUUAAUGCACAUCAUGUAAAUCACAUCCUAAUUUCACUGUUGUAUGGAGUUACAGCUUGAGAUUUUAUUCAGCAAGUAAAGGCCCUUAUGUGGCAAGAAGUGGGCUGAAUUGUUUAAUAAGGGCAGGGUUGUUUUUGUGACCUGCUUAACAACAAAGAAAGGUUAUUGUUCUCUCUCAGCCCAAAAAUGGCCUUUCCAGAAUGAUGCAGUUGUGUAAAUCUUAACUUCCGCUUUGCCCUGUCAGUUUGUCAAACAAAGAAGAACAUUUUGUAGCAUUGGAAUUUCAUGCUGCUCACCGAGCCAUGAGGAAGAUGUUUCUCUAGAAUGAAAGCGAUGUGAAAGAAGGAAGAAUAGUUAUUAUAUGAAGGCUAUCAGAGCAGUCAUUUCUAAUAAACUAGCUGCUGAAAGAAAGUGAAUAUGAGCAGCUUAACUAUGCCCAGCAGCUGAAGGAGAGACUGGAAGCUUUCACACAAGACUUUCUGCCGCACAUGAAGGAAGAGGAAGAGGUGUUUCAGCCUAUGCUUAUGCAGUACUUCACCUAUGAGGAGCUCAAGGACAUCAAGAAGCAGGUGAUAGCACAGCACUGCAACCAGCAACAAUGGGACUGUGCUGCUGAGGUGCUGAAAGGCUUCAGCUUGUGGAGCCAGGCGGAGGAGCUGCAAAAGGCCUUUAAAUACUCUGAUCACGAGAAGACGGAUUAUGAACUUGAGAAGAACCGGAGCUCCUCCACCCACAUCUCACAGCUCCCCACAGAGAUCAUGCUCCGGCUGUUCCACUAUCUUGGCCCUGAAGACCUGUGUCACUGUAGUCAGGUGUGCAGCUCGUGGUCUGAGCUGGCCAAGACUGGAUCCCUGUGGAGGCACCUGUAUCCUGUGCGGUGGGCCCGAGGUGAUUAUUAUAGUGGCCCCCCUGGGGAUUUGGAUCAGGAGCCUGAUGAGGAAUGGGUGAAGAGUCGUCAGAAUGAAGGUCGAGCCUACCAGGAAUGGGAUGAAGAUGCUGAUGUUGAUGAAUCUGAUGUGUCGGGCCAAAAGCAGGGCUCUCUGGCAAUCAGCACAGCUCAGCGUGAGAAGAGGCUCCUAAAUGGGAUUAUUCAGAACCUGCUGCCGACUGUGGGUGCAUCUGUCAAGUCCAUUGUUCUGGCUUACAGCUCGACUGUCUCUAGUAAAAUGGUGCGGCAGAUCCUCAGUCUCUGCCCAAACAUCACUCACCUGGAUCUGACCCAGACUGAUGUCACAGACUCUGCAUUUGACAGCUGGUCAUCUCUGGGUGCGUGUCUCCCUCUGGAACAUCUGGACUUGUCUGGGUGUGAGAAGAUUACUGAUCACACUCUGAAGAAACUUUCUUUUGGACUGGGGGACUUCACAACUUCCCCCUGUUCUGGCAGACAGUCAGAUCGUCGAGCUAAGCUUCUGAAGAGCUCUCCUAUGCCCAUCACAUUCAUGGAGGAGAAAGGCCUCCGUCCAGUCGUGCGGAAGCGUCAGGCCCUCAUCUUUAAACAGGGAACUGGCCGUUGGGGUGCUGCCUGCACCCCCACACAGGUGUGGGUCCUUGACUCCUCAGACCUGGCUGAUAUUGAAGAUGCCGCAGAGUGGAGCCGUCGUGGUGGAAUGCCUCUCCGUGCAGCAGAAAGCUUUGUAGAGACACAGCUCGUGGGAGGCUCAUGUUGCUGCAGGAGGAGCAGGAGGCGCGGGCACAGGACUGGCUCAAACACCUCCUAUUUGCAACAACAGUUUUCUGUGUCUGGGGAAAUAUUUUGUGGCCACUCCACCUGCUGCACUAGCGACUUGGCCCUCAGGACAUUUACUGGGCCUCAGAGAGAGUCGGGCAUGCUCACAAGCAGCACUGCAGAGUUUCGGACUAAAUGCCCCUCAGUGGAGGGCCUGCAGUGUGAGAAAAGGACUGACCAGUCAGAGACAAAACGCUCACUGAGGUUUCUCAGCCUCUCUGGAUGCUAUCAAGUCACAGAUUUGGGCUUAAGAGCUCUGUCACAGCGUGGAGGACUUCCUGUCCUGGAGCAUCUCAACCUGUCAGGCUGCCUCUUCAUCACUGAGGUGGGGCUGCGGGAGCUGGUGUCAGCCUGCCCUUCUCUCAAUGAUGAGCACUUCUAUUACUGCGACAACAUCAAUGGUCCUCAUGCGGACACGGCCAGCGGCUGCCAGAACCUGCAGUGUGGUUUCAGGGCCUGCUGUCGCUCCGGAGAGUGAUCCUGCCGAGCAGCGCUCUCCUAAAACGUCUCGUCUCCUUUUUAUUGCACUUUAUCCUGGGAAUACCGGUUGCUGUAUUUUGUGUCACUUCGAAAUGUUUCUAGAAGAAACAAUAAAUUUUGCUCCUUUAUUUCCAUUUCACAUCAGUUUUAAAGAGGAAAUAAUCUUUAGAAGAGGCAAAGGGGUGGUGUUGGAUUUGAAGUGUCUAAAAUAAAAAUUCUGGUUGUUUUGGAUUUUGAACAAUUUAGAAUUGACAAAGACCAAGUACUUUGAGUUUGACUAGCAUCUUCACAAAAGCUCGCUGAGUUACUCAAGUCUUCUCCCCUGCUUUUUAGUUCAUCCAUUUAUUCUGAGCAUAAUGUAGGCUGUGAUAGUUGCACCAAAAUGUUUAAAUGACCUGCACAUAGACUCACUAAAGAUUUCUGUGCUACCCUCCCUUCAUGUUCAGUUCACUGCUGACACCCACAGCCACGAUUGAUCAACUACGACACGAGUCCAGGAGGAGCAGACAUAGGAAUCCAUACAUGACGUUUCAGUGUAGUCUUAACCUUUUUGUCAGACUUUGUGAUAGCACAUGUUCAUAACCACCAUACAAGCUUUUUCUUCUUUAAUUCUUCUUUAUGCACUCCAUUGUUGUGGGCAGAGAAGCGGACCAAUGAUCAUCUAAGAAGGAUUUAGGGAUUCAGAUUAAUAACACUCAGACUGGGAGAAGCCUACUGUGUAGAUUUUACGUCAUCUUGGCUCAUUCUGCUGCAGGGUUUAAUUGCGUGUUGAAAAUCUUGCAUGAGGAGCUCUAAUGGAAAUGUUCAAUUCAUAAAUGGAUCAAUAAAAGUAUCUUGGAGUUAAA